AUGACGGGCGCGGCGCCGGGCGAGCCGUGCGGCGGCUUGCUCGACUACAAGACGGCGAAGUUCGCGCUGACGCGGAACCGGCGGGUCGGGCUGCUGCACCGCCUGCUCCAGCUCGGCGUGCUGGGCUACCUACUCGGGUGGGUGCUGCUGGUGCGGAAGGGCUACCAGGACACCGACCCUGCCCCCCGCGCCGCCGUCGUCACCAAGCUGAAGGGGGCGGCGGUCGCCGAGGUGGGGGGCGCGGGCCGCCGGCUGUGGGACGCGGCGGACUACUCCCGGCCCCCUCAGGGAGAAAAUGUGCUUUUUCUGGUGACCAAUUUCAUCGCUACAGCAAAGCAAGCCCAGGGCACCUGUCCCGAGAGCCCCUCUGUUCUUGAUGCGAUGUGCACAGAAGAUGCAGACUGUCCCAUGGGAAACCCAGUGGUUCGUGGCAACGGGAUAAAAACUGGGAAAUGUGUGAUGUUCAACACUACCCAUUCCACUUGUGAGAUCUAUGGCUGGUGUCCUGUGGAGAAUAACACCCUGCCCAGGAAACCUCUACUGGCUGAGGCGGAGAAUGUCACUCUUUUUAUAAAAAAUACUGUCCACUUCACCAAAUUUAAUUUCUCCAAGUGCAAUACUUUGCAAACUGAUGACCCCACCUAUUUCAAGAGCUGCAUGUAUGAUCCGUUCCUCAACCCCUCCUGCCCCGUCUUCCGUGUCCGUGACAUGGUGGAGGCAGCUGGAGAGACCUUUGGGGAUCUCGCACUGCUGGGGGGGAGCAUUGGAGUUCGCAUCGAGUGGGACUGUGACCUGGAUCACCCCGCUGCCCAGUGCCAGCCACAGUACUCCUUCAGCCUGCAGGACAGGAGGUACAAUUUCAGAACUGCCUCCUACUACUGGGACACCCAGCGGCGGCUCUACCGGAACCUGCUGAAACUCUACGGCAUCCGCUUUGACAUCUCCGUACAUGGCCAGGCCACGGUGGUCUGUGACCUGGUUCUGCUCUACCUGGAUGCGAAGGCUGACUUUUAUUGGAACGAGAAGUUCGAGGAGGCAAAACCCCCUAAAGGUAAGACCGAGGCCGCAGCUUAGGGACGUCAGGAAUGCUCUGUC